AUGGUAAUGGAUUUCAAUGUUAGAACUCUCCUUGCAACAGUGGUGAUAUUUCUGUUGGCAUCAAGUGUGUUGAUUAUUGAAACUGAAGGUGCUGGAGAAUGUGGAAAGACACCAAUUGGUUCAGCAGCUGCUAGUCUAAGUCCAUGCUUAGAUGCUUCACGUAAUGUUAGGGCAAAAGUUUCACCAGCUUGUUGUACUAAAGUUGGUGCUUUGCUUUCAACUUCUCCAAAAUGUCUUUGUUCAGUUCUUUUGUCACCUCUUGCUAAACAAGCCAAGAUUAAUCUUGCUAUUGCUAUUACUAUUCCUAAGAGAUGCAACAUUAGGAACAGACCUGCUGGAAAGAAAUGUGGAAAGUACACACUUCCUUGA